CUCACGAAGUAUGUGUUAGGUGUGACUAUUGUUUACAGUGUAAUGUUCCCUUGAUUCUUGCCAUAAAUUUCUACAUUUCAGUUUUCUUUUACAGAAUUGAGUUCUAGACCGUGAAAUUAACUUUGUUUUAACGAGAAAUGUUGUGACUUGCAGCAUAUGCUGUAAGUGGGAUGAAGAACAGGCAUGUAUAUAAUUCAUACUUGCGAGAUUCUGUCCGCUGAUUGUUUAUCUCGUCUUGUAGACUGAAUGCUAAAGAUUAAAGCUAAAUAUUGAAAUGGCUUGAUCUCGGCCUUUAAGUAAUUGGAGUUGGUCAAGAGGACUUUGACCCAUAUUUGCUUAUUUCUAUAGACGUUUAGACAUCCUUGUGUCCUCCAGUCUGGAAAGAAAAAGGCGAUCUUGUUUGAUAUGUCAUCGGGAUUUGCUCUUGGUUUUGCUGUCAGUGAUACGCCAUGGCAUUUAGUUUCUCAUUUGUUCCGGAUAAAAUUGGUGGCCGACCAGCAUGGCUUGCCCUUCGUAAUUUGCCAUCUCCAAAUGAACUUAUUUGCCCAUUAUGCUCAAAUCCAAUGUGCUUUGUCCUACAAAUAUAUUCGCCUUUGUCGGAGAAAUCAGAUUGUUUUCAUCGAAUGUUGUUUUUAUUCAUGUGUCGCAACGGUAAAUGUCAUCAUCAGGCUGAUUCGACACCAUUUUGUGUGUUUCGUUCUCAAUUACCUAGGGAUAACUGCUAUUACAGCUUUGAACCGCCGAAGAAUGAAAGUCCUCAAUGGGAAACGUUAAAAUCUAUGUUUGAAAAGAACUCUCUUCCUUGGGCUGGUAAAUAUUCUUCUCUCUGCCCGACAUGUGGAUGCAAAGCAAACAAAACUUGUUCCAAGUGUAAAACUGUAUGUUAUUGUUCUAAAGUACAUCAGGUUUUGGAUUGGAAACGACAUAAAUCGGAGUGUGGAUCGAAGUGUGAAUCAAGGUGUGAUGCGAUGAAGUUAUUAUUUGAGAGAAACACCUUUUUACUCCCUGAAUAUCGCCUAUGUUCUGAACCUGCAGACGAUAGGAGUGAUGAUGAUGUCAACGAAGAAAGCGACAGUGAAAUAUCUGAAUUAGAAAUUCAAAAUGAUAAUGAAACGAAAGCUCUCGAAUCUAUAGCCAAAAAGGAAACUAAAGAAGAAGCGAGAUUUCGAAAGUUUAAGGAAGUCAUGAAAUCAGCUCCAGACCAGGUUAUACGGUUUCAAAGAGGUGGUAAUCCGAUUUGGUUAAGUGAAUCUCCUCCAAUAGUGGAGGAGUGUGAAGUUUGUGGCGCUGAACGUAUUUUCGAAUUUCAGGUUACACCUCAACUUCUCUGUCAUUUGCAGUUGGAUCGAGUUGAUGAAUUAAGUCCAGAUUUUGGAUCUUUAUACAUUUUCACCUGUUCUAAUUCAUGCCCAUUGCCGCGAAAACGAAUCAAUAUUGGAAAUACAGAACAGCGGUGCAGUUCUCAACUUGAUGAUGAAGAAUAUUUGAUUGAAUACCAACGUGAGGUAGUAAUUCGACAAAUGGUUCCAUAAUUCAUGAUAAUACACUGAAUUAGAAAAAAGACAUUCUGUUAUGACCAGAUUUGUAUCCAAUCUUUUCUUGUUAAUAAUCUUUUAUAAUACCAGUCACUGUACAUUGAAAACAAAGCCCAAACAUAGUGUAACACUUCACUUUAUCCAGUUAAAAAAAUGGUGAAUUCAGGUAUAUACCUCAUAAUUAAAAAUGCAGUUGAGUUAUGGUUUUAGCUUUUAAUUUGUAAGUGUUCCCCAACUUUGAUCGAUAGAUUUUGGAAAUGUCAAGUGGAGUUUAC